UACAGUGCCAUAGGCAGUGUGCCCUCCCUUCUCGAAGUGAAUAAGAGAGAACUCUGAGCCUGAGAGAGCCUCAGAGUCGAAAGACGCUCAUCCACACCUGUAAUGCCCAUUAUUACCCCAAGCACCAACGGAGCCAUGCCUGAAGCAAAGAAAACAGGAAGAAAAGAAUCAAAAGCUGAUAUAAAACCUGCAGAAAAGGCCCCGUCAUAUGUUCCCAACAUCCCUGAGCCCAAUACUAGAGCUGAACUGAUGGAAUACUGGAUGGAUUUCACUCUGGAUGACAGAACGUCUCAGAGAGUGUUGUGGCUUUCAGAAGGUGGAGCCAAGGUGUCACGUAUGUGUGAGGAAAUGUGUCCUGUUCUGGACCGACCUGAACGAUAUGAACAUUCACCACAGGUGCUCUGUAAGGAGUGUGUUUGGGGUAAUCGUGGAUAUUGGGAGGUGGACUGCGAAGGCUGGGUGGUGAUAGGGGCAGCGUGUGAGAGCUCGGCCCGGAAAACUAAGGAUGGUCCCUGUGGCCUAGGAGAAAAUGAUGUGUCAUGGGGUCUGGGCUGGGCUGGCUCCUGCUACCAUGUGUGGCACAACGGCGUGAACAUAGAGGUCCAUGCUCCCUUCUGUCCUACCAUUGGGAUCUAUGCAGAUCAGCCAGCUGGAUUACUCAACUUUUACAGUGUGGAAGCUGAAGAGAAUGGCUCUAAGGUGGUCAAUCUGCUUUAUCAGUUUAAAACCACCAUCAAUGAGAAGCUCUACCCCGGUUUCUGGGUGGGCAGGAAAUCUCACUGUUGGAUCCGGAAGAAAGAUCAGUAGGACGGUGAAAUCAUGAAUGACAGGGAAAAAAACAGAGCUGUGCAAGAAUAUUUAGUUAACCAGAAUAUCAUAAGAAAUGCUGAUGUAAUUCUAAUGCCAGCCUAUUACACAUGGGUUGGCCAAAAAGUAAGCAAGCUCAAAUUAUGGUAGCACUUUUCAAAAGUUUCAUUUGUUAUCAUAUGCAAUGUAAUAACAUGUAAGCUUAAAAAAUGCUUUUACAGAAUGUAUAAAUCUUGGUUAAUUUCUAUAUUGUGAAAAUGCUUUUGCACAUACAUUUUUAAGUAUAAUUAACUUGGAACUGGAAGUCACUUCAACUUUGAUUUGAGGAUGAGUUGCUGUAACUUAUAUAUUUAAAUUAAAACUACUUAAGCUAACUUAACUUUAUUUUAAGUUACAGCUUCUCAUCAUUGAAAAUCAAGUUGAAAUUACUUUUAAAGUGCACCUAUUUCAUUGCUAAAAACGUUAUUAUGUGUAUUUGGUAUAAUACAAUGUGUUUGCGUGGUUUAUGGUUCAAAAACACAUUAUUUUCCAAAUACCGCACAUUUUUGUAGCUCCGGAUUUCCCCAUCUUCCUCAAACGCAUGGAUUUAGUACAAAACUCAUUGAUUUGAAAACACUGUGUCCUUGAUUAGCCAGCUAAUCUGUACGUUGUGAUUGGCCUGAAUACCUCUGACAUCAGCCGUAAAUGUGACGCUCCUUACCAUGUUUGAAAGAUUUGGUCACAAUGCAAUGCUGACAGGAGUUAACUUACAGGCUAUGAAUCAAAGCGGGAGAAAUUAUGAUAAUGACCGUCAUGUCCAUGUCACUUACACACCAAAGGAAAUGUAAAAUCGUGAAUCGGACCAUAGGUGCCCUUUAAAUCCAAGUUGAAUAUACUUAAGAAUUUAAGUGCCAAAAUUCUUUUUUGCAAAAACACUCAAUUAUUUUCCUUUAUUUAGACCAGUAAUUUUAUUUGUGUAGUUUAUACCUUUAAUAGAAAGUUGUCUUGUGUUUGGUGUUUAAAUACUUUUAUAUUAGUCCAUGUGAUGACAAAUACAGAUAUUGUAAUAAAGAUAUAUCUCAGUGCA